AUACGCAAAAUACCUCAGAAUGGUUCUGUGUACAUGGAUUGUCGAAAAAACAGUUAACAUAUAAAGUAUGUGUUACCAAAAGAGAAUUUGCAUGGUUCCAUUUCCGGUGAUUCUUCUUCAACGUAUGCAGCAUCAAACGUGAAAAAUGCACCUUCUACAUUAACUAACAAUCCUGAGUUGCUAAAAGGUUGCGAGUUUCCCUCACGAUCUGAUGAGGAACGAUCUCCAAGUAUGUGUAAUUCCAAUGAAAAGUCAACUUCAGAACUAAAUGCUAACAAAGAUGAACAAAAGGUUAAGAAGGUAAACAAAACCAAUAACACUUCUCAAAACAAAGCAAAGGUAAAUGCAGAUACCAAAACGUCUUAUAGUGCCAAAGGGUGUGAAAAUGACCCGAAUGUAGCUAAUACCCCUGCCCAAAACAUACCUGACUCAGCCAAAAACAAAAAUUCUGGAAAUCCUGUUAAAGAUUCUGGCAAAGUUCACAAAUGUCCUCAUUGCCAACAAACCUGCAAAAAAUUAUUCAAUUUGAGAAGGCACAUUUCUAGACAUCACGGAGACAUUGUUACUGACAAUAAAGAAGAUAAAACAGCACCAAGACAAUGUACCUGUCUAGAUUGUGAUUUCAAGUGCCACAAAAUUACUGACCUAAGGGUCCACUUACAGAAGGCCCAUGGCACGAUAAUGAACACUACUACAGAGAAUUAUAACACAAAUACAGGUACGUAUAAGCAAUUCUUCAAAUUAAACGAGUACUUAAUAUUAUAAAUCAAUAUGUUAUGAUUAGAAAUAAGCAAAUUUCUUAAAUGAAACGAAAUAGUACAGCUUUUAUCAGGUAAUACCAUUUUAUAUUGAGCAUAAUACGUGUACCAUGCAUGCAUCGUGAUUAAAAUUUUACUUUUUGUACUAAUUUGAAUAGAAUUCGAUAAGUGGAAGUUGAAAGUCGAGGACAAAUAUUGCUGUAAGUUUGUCAAGCAAACAGGUGAAAAAUUGGACAGUCAUAAUGAAAAGGUGACAUACUAUCAAUGCAAUCGAAGUGGGACCUACAAACCGAAACUAUCAAGGAAGCGGCACACAAGGUUGGUAGAAAAUUUGUAAAUACAGCACUAUAUAGUUUCAGUUAGUCUUUGUCACUACCAGCGGUUUCACCUACAGGCGGAUUUAUUCUCUGGGUUUUUGCUUCUAGCUUUAGGUAAAACCGCUGUAAUGACUUUAUAAGGUUCGUUCUCACACAAAUGAAUGGUUAAUUGUUAUAUUACUUAUCAACAUGCAGGUACCAGGAAAAUCUCCAAUAACUGUACUUCAACCAUAAAGCGAAUUGAGGAUAAAGAUGGGAGCAUAACUGCAGAAAUUGUUGAAACUCAUUACAGCCAUAAUUUAGAAUUACAACAUGUACCAAUACCUGACGAUAAAAAGGAGGAAAUUGCCGCCAAGCUCCAGCAAGGGAUAUCUAAUGAAAGGAUCAUUGACGACAUUAGGAACAGUUGCAACGACGAGGGUAUAAAACGCCAUCAUUUACUAGAAAAAAAAGAUUUGCGGAACAUAUCUUCUUGUUUCGGUAUUGAAGGUGCUCGAAAUCAUACAAAUGACCAACAAAGCGUACAUGCAGAAUCAGUUUUAUUUGCACUGAUUUCUUUCUUACAGGAUUAUGUAUUACUAGUAUACUAUAUAUACUUACAUUAUAUUUCAUAAUAUGUAUUUACAGACGAAGAGUGCGUAGUGGUCAAAGGAGCAGAAGCUUUCGAGUUGACCAUUAUGAGAUUAUAUUUGAGUAUUUAAAACUAAAUUUAAAAAAAGUUGAUCUCUAUAGCAUUUAUUGCUAAGGUUUCUAAGUGUAUAGUAUAAUUUACAAAACUUAUUUUAUAUAUGAGAUUACUAUAUCUUUUAAUAACAUAUACAAUAAGUCUAGUCAAAUCUGUCAUGUAACUCUACUUGACUAUUAAGUAAAAACAUUUUAUACUGUUUUUUGAAACUAUAAAAUGGCAAAGAUUUAAUCUGCAUAGGAAUUUUUUCCCAUAUUUUGGAAGCUUUUGUUUUGAAUCGGGUUAGCCCAUAAUUUGUUCUAGAAGCUGGUCUGUAUAGGUUCUGCUUGGAGGCAUAUCUGGUGUUAUAACUAUGAACAUCAGAUGCUUCCAUAGUUAAAUUUAAUAAGGCUUUGGGAACUUCUGUUUUCCGAAUUAUUAUUUUAUAAACAAGAGAUGAUAUUUUCAGGUUAAAGAUAUUUUCAAGUUUCAGUAUUUCGAGAAGUUGAAAAUAGGCCGUUACAUUUUCAUUUGUUCUUGAGAAAAAGAUUGCACGAAGACAUUUGUUUUGUUUAGUUUUUAUUUUAUCCAAUCUAGUUGGACAGGCAGUAGUGUGUAGUAAAGUUGUUUUAGCAUAUGAAUGGAUACGAAAUGUCUUAGUUUAUUUAUAACCCCAGUGUUCUUGGCUAUUUUGUUUUGUAUAUGUUGCAGUUGAUCAUCCCAUUGUAGAUGCUCAUCGAUAAAAACACCCAAAUACUUUAUCUUCUUUUUCCUUUUUAUGUCACAUGUUUUUAUUGUUAUAUCACAUUUUUUCCUUGGUGAGGUAAUUAGCAUGUAAUUUGUUUUUUUAAAGUUGAUAGAAAGCUUGUUAUCAUUGCAGUAUUUCAGUACAUGCUUUAAUUCAUCAUUAAUUGUUUUUUCUAGCCCAUUUACGCUGUUUGAGGAAUAGAAAAUAUUUGUAUCAUCAGCGAAAAUUCUAAAUAAAAUUUUUUUUUAACAAUUAGGUAAAUCGUUGAUAUAUAACAGGAAGAGUAGUGGUCCUAAAGUAGAUCCCUGUGGGACACCACAAGUCAUUGUUUUCAUACUAGAUUCUGUUUCACCAAUUUUAACGUAUUGUUUGCGAUCAGAUAUGAGCUUGAAAACCAUUUAUUCGCCACUCCACGAAUGCCAUAGGAAUGUAUUUUAACUAAUAAUUGGCAUUUUAACUAAUAAUUCAAGAUGGCAGUCACGCAUUUUUGGGCUCCACUUUUAAUAUUGUUUCUUGCUUUUAUUUCGAUGCAAAAAUGGCACAGUAUUGUUGAAUAUCAGCAUUUGGAACGCUAUCCAAGCGAGGAGUUUAUGUUUUGUACUCCUUUGGCUCCGAAAUGUUUAUGAAGCUCUAUAUCGUAUUAUUUAUCGAGCGAACAAUGUUAACGUUUCUCGAUUGUGUUCGGCGAACGUCUCGUCAUUGUGUAUCUUGCUUCUCCUCGGAGGAGAUAUAGAACUGAAUCCAGGUGAUAAAUGGCCUAGUUGUGGUGUAUGUUCCAACCAAGUAAAGCCUAGUCAGGAGGGAAUGAAAUGUGACCAAUGCAACUCAUGGUUCCACAUGAAUUGCCAUCUAAUGUCGAACGAGAUGUGUAAUAUCUUGACAAGUUCAUCGUGUGUGUGGUUGUGCCCGCAAUGUGAUAAUCUUAACCAGUCGAACCCAUCUCUCUGUGGAUCUUUGGAUUCGCUGUGUUCGAAAAAUUAUUUUGAACCGCUUAACGAAGAGGUUUGUGAAAGUUCUUUGCCAACUCAAAGCCAUGUUCAUAAUUGCCAUAACAAGAAGCGAAAUCAACCCAAGCGAAACGGCAUGUCAUGUUUACUAAUUAACUGUCGAAGUAUAAAAAAUAAAGUUGCUGAUGUUGAGGCUGUGAUUAGCGAACAUGAUCCAGACAUUAUUUUGGGAACAGAAUCGUGGUUAAAUCCUGAGAUAGGAAGUGGAGAAAUCUUUCCAGAAACAUAUAAUGUCUUUAGGAAAGAUCGAAUCACAAACAGCCACGGGGGCGGAGUCUUUCAGGCGAUAAAGAAAGAUAUAAUUGUCACGCAUCGUACUGACUUGGAUACUGAAUGUGAAAUAAUUUGGACGCAGUGUCAAUUGGCUGGCCGUAAAUCGAAAUCUAUCCUUUUUGGGUCUUAUUACCGACCCAAUGUCUCCGAUAUGGAUGGCCUUGUCGAAUUAAACGUAUCUUUAUUAAAGAUGCGUGACAAUAUCAACAAGAGCAACGUGUUACUUGUGGGGGAUUUUAAUGCACCUGACAUUGAUUGGCAAAAUCCCGAAACUUCCAGUACAUGCAAGACAUCCGAAAGAUUACUCGAAAUAAUAGACGAACAUGAUUUAACCCAACUAGUCCAAGAACCCACAAGACGACAAGGGGAAAUACAAAAUAUUUUAGACCUUGUAUUGUCUAACAACAAAAACCUUGUGCGCAAUGUAACAAUUAUACCUGGAAUAAGUGAUCACGACAUGGUGCUUUUCAGGGUGCGACCGUCUUGCAAAAAGAAACGGAAUGUGAAACGUAAGAUCUAUUGUAGAAAACGAGCUAAUUGUAUCCGUAUAAAAGAAGAGCUGAAAGAACUUUCUAAUGAUCUCAUACAAAAUACCAAACACGAAAUUGUUGACAGGAAAUGGGAUAAGUUUGAAUAUAGUGUACGUCGCAUUAUGGAUACCCACAUCCCACAUAAGAUGACUACCUCCCGGCAUAACCUACCUUGGUUUAAUCGCACAUUGAGACGCGAAGGAAGAGCAAAACAAAGAUUAUACAACAGAGCCAAGAAGUCUGGAAAUCCAACACAUUGGCAUCAGUUUCGUGCUGCUAGGAAAAGGUUACACCAGAACUUGAAAACUGCCAGAGAUAUCUAUGUGUCAGAGUACCUUGGCGACGCGAUUGAAGAAAACCCAAAGCGUUUUUGGUCUUAUGUGAAGCAACUAAAGCAGGAUAACCUGGGAGUAGCAGAUUUGGAAAUUGAUGGAAAAUUAAUUAGUGAUGGACAAACUAAGUCUGAAAUCCUUAAUAAGCAGUUUUCUUCUGUUUUCACUGACGAAAAUCUUGCAAAUAUACCAGCAGUAGGUGAUAAUCCUAAACCAGCAAUAAGACCUAUCAGUAUUUCCAUCUCUGGUGUCACUAAGCAGUUACUGUCAUUGAAAACAAACAAAGCUUGUGGACCUGACUCUAUCCCAUCCUGGUUCCUAAAAGAAUAUGCCCAAGACAUUUCACCCAUGUUAACUAAUAUUUAUCAAUGCUCCAUAGACACAGGAAUCGUGCCUUCUAAGUGGAAAAAUGCAAAUAUAUGUGGGAUCUUCAAAACAGGGAAAAAAUCAGAUCCGGUUAAUUAUAGACCUAUUUCUCUGACUUGUAUUGCCUCUAAGAUAUUGGAACAUAUAAUUCACAGUCAUGUUAUGAAACACUUGCAACAAAACAACGUGCUAACGGACUGUCAACAUGGAUUUAGGGCAAAAAGAUCAACCGAAACCCAACUUAUUGUAACCAUACAUGAUCUGGCGAAUACAAUUCAACGUGGUGAGUCAACACAUGUUGCAGUCUUGGACUUUUCGAAAGCUUUUGACAAGGUACCCCAUCAACGACUUUUGAGGAAACUGUAUUAUUAUGGAAUUUCUGGAGAGUUAUUUGAUUGGUUCGAGUCUUUUCUUUCACAACGUUAUCAGUCUGUUGUCUGUGAAGGCAAAACAUCUACCCCCUACUUGUGACGUCAGGAGUUCCCCAAGGGACAGUGCUUGGCCCGCUCCUAUUUUUAUUGUACAUUAAUGACUUGUCGGACAACUUGCAGUCAACUGUGAAACUUUUUGCUGAUGAUGCCUUAUUAUAUGGUGUCAUUACGAGUGAUUCAGAUUGUGACCGCCUACAGGAUGAUCUACAUAAGCUAGAACAGUGGCAAAAUCUAUGGCAGAUGGAAUUCAACCCCUCAAAAUGCAAAAUCUUAUGCAUUUCCAAUAAAAAGCAACCUCCCCAAAAGCGGUAUUUGUUUUGUGGAGUAGAGCUAGAUCAAGUGGAAGAAAUAUCUUACUUGGGCAUUACUUUCACUAGUAAAUUAAAAUGGAAUCACCAUGUCUCUUCGGUGGCAAGUAAAGCAACGAAAGUUCUUGGUGUGAUGCGACGUAAUCUGUGGAAUUGCCCCACGAAAGUGAGAGAAACAGCAUACAAAUCCAUUGUACGACCCAAGCUAGAAUAUGCAUCAACAGCCUGGGAUCCUUACACUAACAAGGACAAAGUGGCUUUGGAAAGAGUGCAGAGAAAAGCAGCGCGUUUCUGUUCCAAGAAUUACAAUCCUAUGUCAAGUGUCACUGAUAUGAUUGAAGAUCUAAAUUGGGAAAGUUUAGAAGUUAGAAGAAAGAAAGCUAGAUUGACAUUGUUGUACAAACUCUCUCGGAAUCUUGUAGACGUUGAAACAAAUAAUUACUUGCUGGUAAAUAAUGAGACCAGGACUCGUGGCAGUCAUAGCUAUAAAUAUAGAGUCCCAAAAACUACCAAAGAUGUUUUUAAAUUUUCCUUUUUUCCUCGCACGAUUAGGGAAUGGAAUUUACUUCCCGAAGAAAUUGUGAGCUCAGAGAACCUCCUCCAGUUUAGAAACAAUUUAAACAAUUCUUUUUAAUAACUGUAAAUAUUGUUGUAAAUAUAGAUUUUUAGAAUAGGUAUAGUUUUAAAUAGUUGGUGUGAUAUUCGAAAGGAUUUUACCGACUCAAUAAAUAUAGAUGUAGAUGUAGACGUAGAACACUCGCACCUACAGCGUCCUCCUCGUGCCUUCGUCCCUAUGUAUUAUCGCCCUUGGAAAUUAGUUUACUUCAUAUCUGAUAAAGGUCUAACCAAAACAAUUAAAAUUUCUAUACAAUCUAGGUUGGACCCUCUAUUUAAGAUUUUGAAAUGUUAGCACACACACAAAAUUUAAUUAUUGGUACAGUAUUAGCUGUAUAACGGUUGCCGUAAAACCGGAACGACUUCUAGCGCGAUGAAUGUAAACAAAUUAUCACCAGAGACUCGACCGGAGCGAUCUGAAUUUUGGUCUAACGCUGAUUGUCGCUAACAUAUUGACAACGGUGCAUGGACAAGAUACAACAUCAAUGACCCGUCUGCACUUUUGAUAAGCGCAAUGGAUUGUAUAAUCAUUAUUAUUAUGCUUCUCGCAUCAGUCGCAUGUAAACCUACUGACAAUUUAAAUGGUGACACAGUACCAUCAGUUAAUUUUGUAAAUACUUCUUAUAUGAUAUCAAUAUUGUGAUUCAGACGUAAUUCAAAUCUUGGUAUAAAUAGGUCCUUGUAAUUAAUAUAAUGUUAUAAUUUAUUAGGGUAAUCAAAUAGGUAGGGAGUGAUUUUAAAAAUGUCUUUGUUGCUGCCAGAUCGUAACAAAUCAGCAUGUUAGUCUAAAACUCAGACAAUAAUACAAUCAAUAAAAUCGUAAGAAUACAUUCCCUUGAACGUUUCAUUGAAUGAACCAAACUGUGGAAAUCGCAAGUUCCACAAAAAUAUCAAGAUUUUGGGGCAUCCCAUUCGAUAGAACGUUGUCAGCCGAUCCGCACGUUGUAUGCCA